AUGACCAAAAUCGCAAUCCCAACAACACCUCCCUCGCGCUCACUACAAGGCAAAACCGCCAUCGUCACGGGUGCCGGCUGUCUUGGCGAUGGAAUCGGAAACGGGCGCGCGAUCGCUAUCCUCCUCGCGAGUGAUGGGUGUAAUGUUCUCUGCGUGGAUCGCAAUCUGGAGUGGGCGGAGAGGACAGUUAAUAUGAUCAAGGCUCAGGCCGAAGAUGCACUGGUGGAAGGGAAGUCUGUCUACGGCAACGCAACAGCCAUGCAAGCAGACGUAACAAACCCUGGCGACUGUGAAUCCAUCGUGUCCACCGCCCUAACCACAUUCAACCGCCUCGAUAUCCUGGUCAACAACGUUGGUAUCUCCGGUGCAGCAGGAACCGCCGUUGACGUCGACAUGGAAGAGUGGGCGAAGAGUCUGGAGGUGAAUGUGUCGAGCAUGGUGUUUGUGUCGAAGUAUGCGAUCCCGGCCAUGAUGCAGAAUGAGCGGGACGAGUACAGUGGCAUGCGUGGGAGUAUUGUUAACAUGGGUUCUGUCGCUGGACUUCGGGGAGGGACACCGCAUCUGCUGUAUCCCACGAGCAAGGGGGCAGUCGUGCAGCUGACACGCGCGAUGGCGGCGCAUCAUGCACCUGAUGGGAUUCGGGUCAAUUGUGUUUGUCCGGGGAUGCUUUUCACACCCAUGAUGUACGGCGGAGGCAUGUCGGAGGAAGCACGGGAGGCCCGACGAAAGCGUAGUCUCCUACAAACAGAGGGAAACGGCUGGGACUGUGCAACGGCCGUAGUCUUCCUGGCUGGUCCACACGCUCGGUGGAUGACGGGAGUCAUACUUCCUGUCGACGCUGGAACAACUGCAGCGGUGGGAAUCGGGAUGCCGAAGAGUGCGAGUGUCAAUGGAUAG